AUGGGUAAUACUAUAUCAUACAACGUUGCCGAGCAUAAGCUCGAUCUUGGCGACGGAAAAGGUUCUAUCACAGGUCUUCAAUAUGAUACAAAGGCACGUCGGUACGCUGGGGUACCAUAUGCACUGCCUCCCUUAGGAGAUUUGCGUUGGCGGAAACCUCAACCACUACCUGCUGACCAUACUUAUACAUCACAUGAUGGCACGCCAUUCGAUGCCACAAAAUUUGGACCGAUUUGUCCACAGGCCGCUUAUAUGUCAGCCAAGAAAAUAGGAACUCCUGAAGAGGCAUUUGGCGAAGAUUGCUUGAGACUUAACAUCUGGACACCGGUUGAAGCAGCCAAAGAUAAAAAAUGGCCAGUUAUGCUAUGGCUCCACGGAGGGUGGUUUCAAAUGGGAGACCCAUCACAUGAACCGGGAAUGGAUCCAACCGAACUCAUUUCAACGGGAAAGUUGAACGCUAUUGUAGUAGCUAUCGGUUACAGACUGAACCUGUUUGGCUUUCUCGCUGGUGAUGCCUUGCAAGCAGAGAACGGCAGUGCCGAAGCAGGCAACUACGGAUUAUGGGAUCAGAGACUAGCUAUUGAUUGGGUACGCGAGAAUAUUGCAAGAUUUGGUGGUGAUGUGGAGAACAUUACCCUUGCAGGCAGAAGCGCAGGCGCUUAUGCCGUACAUGCACAUGCUAUGUACGAGUUUCAAAACCCAGCAUUUUCAGCCGCGUCUCCAUCAUUCCAUCGAAUUGUCAUGAUGUCAAACGCGAUCCCCGCACAACCGAAGACACCUGCUGAAUGUCAAAGCCAGUUCGACGAAUUGUGUCAGUUCUUUGAUAUUCCAGAAGGCUCUAGUGGUGCCGAAAAGCUGGCAUUGCUGCGCAGGAUAGAGUCGAAAAAACUUGUAGACGCCAUCAUGAAGUUGAAGAAUCACACAUUCCGACCUGUGACGGAUUCAUCAUUCAUUCAACCAGGCAUGAUGGACUACCACCGCAAUGGCACUUUUGCGGAAGAAUUCAAGAAGCGAAAUUUCAAGAUAAUAAUUGGCGAAAUGUUGAAUGAAGAAACACUUUACGCUGCAACGAAUGGUCCUGAAGCAAACGUGGACUCUCUUCGCCUUCAAGUUUCUAACUACUAUGCACCUGCAACAACGUCUCGCGUGCUGAAACACUAUAAACUCCCAGAUACAGACGAUAAGAGCGAUUGGACGGCAGUAUAUGGUCAUAUCAUUUCUGAUGGUCAAGUGCGCGCACCAUCUCGGUUUUUGGCAAACAGUCUUUUCUCAAAUGGUGUAGGAGUUGAGGAUAUCUGGCGGUAUAGGAUUUCGUAUCGACUUUCAUUCAUAACAGAUGCUGUAGCACCAAGAAGCUUUGGUGUGGCUCAUGCGAUGGAUAAACCUUUCUGGAAUUUCUCAAUAAUGCACGGUCCAACUGAGCAAGAACUCGUUCUGAUGACGAAUUGGAUUCGUGACUUGGUCGCAUUUGUAGGUGCUGAGAAUGACCAUCGAUAUGGUCCUAAGGAGAUCGAUGAGUUUAAAGUUGCUACUCCGGAGGGCAAGAUUGAAAUCCAAAAGGACACAAGGUGGAAGGAACUCUUGGAGCUAGCUGAUAUAUUCUCUGGAUGA